GCCAGAUUAUGGUGCGACGACCGUGUCUGCUGGCAAGGAGCGCACUCCGCUUGGGGAAAAAGUCGCUUUGUCGUCGUGGUGUUUUCCCACCGGGGAGGCGUUCUCUUGACUUGCUGUUGGAGAGGUUUUGUGCGAUCCAGUGUUGCCAUGUCGGCAAAAGCCAUCUCGGAGCACACCGGGAAGGAGUUCCUGUCCAAGUAUAUCUGCACCUCUGCGGCAGUGCAGAACCGAUUCCGCUAUGCCCGCGCCACAGCUGAGACCGACUGGGCUCGCCUCACGCAAGAGCAUCCUUGGCUUCUCACGGAAAAACUGGUGGUGAAACCAGAUCAGCUCAUCAAGCGACGCGGGAAACUGGGACUGGUGGGCAUCGACUUGGACCUGCCGGGCGUUCAGGAGUGGCUCAAAAGUCGCCUCAUGAGCGAGACCACCGUGGGCAGGGCAAAGGGUGUGCUGAAGAACUUCCUCAUCGAGCCAUUUGUUGCGCACAAGCAGGAGGAGGAGUUUUACGUGUGCAUUUACGCCACACGUGAGGGCGACCACGUGCUCUUCCACCACGAGGGGGGCGUGGAGGUAGGGGACGUGGAUGCCAAAGCCCAGCGGCUGAUGGUUGCCAUUGAUGACAAGCUCAGUGAGGAUCAAGUGACACGGCAGCUGCUCACACAUGUUCCUAUUGAAAGGAAAGGAAUCCUGGCCAGCUUUAUAGUGGGUCUCUUCAACCUCUAUGAGGACCUCUGUUUCACCUACCUGGAGAUCAAUCCUUUAGUUGUUACCCAGGAUGGCGUUUACAUCCUGGACAUGGCAGCUAAGAUUGAUGCCACGGCCGAUUACAUCUGCAAGGCGAAAUGGGGGGAUGUGGAGUUUCCGCCACCUUUUGGUAGAGAAGCUUAUCCAGAGGAAGCCUACAUAGCUGAUCUGGAUGCAAAGAGUGGAGCCAGUCUGAAGCUGACGUUAUUGAACCCUCGUGGCAGGAUCUGGACAAUGGUGGCUGGGGGAGGCGCCUCAGUAGUAUACAGCGAUACCAUCUGUGAUCUGGGCGGCGUGGAUGAGCUAGCAAACUAUGGCGAGUACUCCGGUGCGCCCAGCGAGCAGCAGACAUAUGACUACGCCAAAACUAUCCUGUCUCUGAUGACUCGUGAAAAACACCCAGAAGCAGGAAAGGUGCUGAUCAUUGGAGGAAGCAUUGCCAACUUUACAAAUGUUGCAGCCACAUUCAAGGGCAUUGUCAGGGCCAUCAAAGACUACCAAGGUCCUCUAAAGGAGCACGAGGUCACCAUCUUUGUUCGACGUGGCGGGCCAAACUACCAGGAAGGCCUCAGGGUGAUGGGGGAAGUGGGGAAGACCACUGGUAUUCCUAUUCAUGUGUUUGGAACAGAAACCCAUAUGACCGCCAUUGUUGGUAUGGCUCUGGGACACAAGCCCAUCCCUAACCAGCCGCCAGUGGACGCACAUACUGCCAACUUCCUCCUGAAUUCAAGCAACAAUGUCAUGACUCCGGCUACCACAAGGACCGCCUCUUUCUCUGAAGCCAGGCCGUCCAACGAUAUCACUUCCGCCAAAAAGUGCAAAGCAGGUCUUUCAGCAGAAGUGCAGGCCUCUUCAGGUUGCAACAGAGCCAAAGCCACAACGCUCUUCAGCAAGCACACCAAGGCAGUCGUCUGGGGCAUGCAGACGCGAGCCGUACAAGGAAUGUUGGACUUUGACUACGUUUGCUCCCGAGAUGAACCUUCAGUAGCUGCCAUGGUUUACCCAUUCACUGGGGAUCACAAGCAGAAAUUCUACUGGGGCCACAAAGAGAUCCUGUUGCCGGUAUACAAGAACAUGGCCGACGCCAUGAAGAAGCAUCCUGAGGUGGAUGUGCUGAUCAGUUUUGCGUCGCUGCGCUCUGCGUUCGACAGCACCAUGGAGACCAUGCAGUACCCGCAGAUUCACACCAUCGCCAUCAUUGCAGAGGGCAUCCCUGAAGCUCAGACCAGGAAAAUUAUCAAGAAGGCAGAUGAAAAGGGCGUCACAAUCAUUGGCCCAGCUACGGUUGGCGGCAUCAAGCCGGGCUGUUUCAAGAUCGGCAACACCGGUGGCAUGCUAGACAAUAUUCUCGCCUCCAAGCUCUAUCGUCCAGGCAGCGUGGCGUACGUGUCGCGUUCAGGAGGGAUGUCUAAUGAGCUGAACAACAUCAUCUCUCGCACUACUGACGGUGCCUACGAAGGCGUGGCCAUCGGAGGAGACAGAUACCCCGGCUCCACAUUUAUGGACCACGUCCUUCGUUACCAGGACACUGCGGGGGUUAAGAUGAUUGUGGUGCUUGGAGAGAUUGGUGGCACGGAGGAGUACAAGAUCUGCCAAGGUAUCAAAGAGGGCAGGAUCACCAAACCCGUGGUGUGCUGGUGUAUUGGAACAUGCGCCACCAUGUUUGCAUCAGAGGUUCAGUUUGGCCAUGCCGGGGCGUGUGCCAACCAAGCGUCCGAAACUGCUGUGGCCAAAAACCAGGCCUUGAGUGAUGCAGGAGCUUAUGUACCUAAGAGCUUUGACGAGCUGGGUAAUGUCAUCAGGACUGUUUAUGAUGAACUAGUGGCCAGUGGGGCCAUUGUUCCGGCCCUGGAGGUGCCACCCCCAACUGUACCAAUGGAUUACUCUUGGGCCAGGGAAUUAGGCCUGAUCCGUAAACCAGCCUCCUUCAUGACCAGCAUCUGUGACGAGCGAGGCCAGGAGCUCAUCUAUGCCGGCAUGCCCAUCACUGAGGUCUUCAAAGAGGAGAUGGGUUUGGGAGGAGUUCUGGGACUGCUCUGGUUCCAACGCAGGUUGCCUCGCUACGCCUGCCAGUUCAUUGAGAUGUGCCUGAUGGUGACGGCUGACCAUGGGCCCGCUGUCUCUGGGGCACACAACACCAUUGUCUGUGCACGAGCCGGGAAGGACCUCAUCUCUAGCCUCACGUCUGGCCUGCUCACCAUCGGAGACCGUUUUGGCGGUGCGCUCGACGCCGCUGCGAAACAGUUCAGCAAAUCAUUCGAUAGUGGCAUGCUGCCUAUGGAGUUUGUCAAUAAGAUGAAGAAGGACGGCAAGCUCAUAAUGGGCAUCGGACACCGCAUCAAAUCAAUCAACAAUCCGGACAUGCGGGUGCAAAUACUCAAGGACUUUGUGAAGCAGCAUUUUCCUUCUACUCAUCUGCUCGACUAUGCCUUAGAUGUGGAGAAGAUCACCACCUCCAAGAAACCGAACCUCAUCCUCAACGUUGACGGUUUAAUUGGUGUUGCCUUUGUGGACCUACUUAGGACGUGUGGUGGCUUCACACGUGACGAGGCAGACGAAUUUGUAGAGAUCGGCGCUCUAAAUGGAAUCUUUGUCUUGGGCCGCAGUAUGGGCUUUAUUGGCCACUACCUGGACCAGAAGAGGCUCAAGCAGGGUUUGUACCGUCAUCCCUGGGAUGACAUCUCCUAUGUGCUUCCUGAACACAUGUCCAUGUAAGGGAUGAGCGUUGAGAACGUCGCUCUCACAUCUCACCUGCAUAAAGUUUACCCUCCUAAUCAAAGAGCUGCCUUUGGGUGGGGAAGGGUCAUCUUGAGAGGCAGGAAUUACAUCUCGAUUGAAAGUUCUGAGUAGAAACAUUACAUCUAGUUUUUAACGGAUUAAAAGGGGAACUAUAUUUUAAGAUUUAGUUUAUGACAAUAUAUUAAAAAAAUACUGGAGAAGUUCAGGCCAGAGCACAAGACUUGGUACUUUAAAAAAAUCGGAUUACUUCUCUGUUUGUACCACAUUAAAUUGGGUAUUAUAUGUUCAUGCAAGCAAUAUUUGUCUAUUUGGUACUUAAUGUUAAUCCUUAUUUAUUUUGUCGCCAUUUGCCUAUUUUAGGCCUUCAGGUGGUACGUAUGUGUAUGUUUUCUAACUAUUGCACCUCAGUUUUAAGGGGAACUGCACUUUUUUUUCAGAAUUGUGCCUAUCAUUCACAAUCCUUAUUUGAGACAAGAAAACAUGUUUCUCUUUUUUAUGCAUUCUAAAAAGAAACACUAGCAAGCGGUGUUUAACAAUGCAGAUAAUGGGGAUUCGAUCUAUCCAUCCAUCCAUCCAUUUUCUACCGCUUGUCCCUUUCGGGGUCACGGGGGGUGCUGGAGCCUAUCUCAGCUGCAUUCGGGCGGAAGGCGGGGUACACCCUGGACAAGUCGCCACCUCAUCGCAGGGCCAACACAGAUAGACAGACAACAUUCACACUCACAUUCACACACUAGGGCCAAUUUAAUGUUGCCAAUCAACAUAUCCCCAGGUGCAUGUCUUUGGAGGUGGGAGUAAGCCCGAGUACCUGGAGGGAACCCACGCAGUCACGGGGAGAACAUGCAAACUCCACACAGAAAGAUCCCGAGCGCAGGAUCGAACCCAGGACCUUCGUAUAGUGAGGCAGACGCACUAACCCCUCUUCCACCGUGCUGCCCACGGAUUCGAUCUAAAAACAUCAAAAACCUCCAAUGUUUUAUAUACAUGCUGGAAGUAUAUAUGUAAUGUAGUAACAGGUACAGUCAUAAUACCAUGUAUUAUUUACUGUAUUCUGGUCAUUUUAAGCAUUAUAGGAACAUUUUGGUGGCACAUUGAUUUUCCAGAGCGCAUCGCAAUGUAGCCUGCCACCAUAGCCCCCACUUCCUCCCCUCUGUUGCAAGUGUUGUGGAUUCUAUGUAACAUGUUUGUGUCCUUAUGGCUAUUUAAUUUGAAUGAAUGACAAAUGACUAUUUACGUCAACAAUAAUAGCUACUACCUAUCAUGGCAAACACGAGGGCUUAAGAAGCAGAAUAGAUGAAUCCCUUUACUUGCAUUGUUAGCCAUCUGUUGCUAGCAUUUGUUUGCGAUUUAGAAUAGACACACAAAAAAAGACAUGUGUUCUAGUCUCACAUAGGGAUUGUGAAUUAUAGGUAUUUUUUUAAAGUGCAGUUCCCCUUAAAGUCAUCCAAACAUGGCUUCAAAACACCUUCAAGUUUUCCAUUUAUAAAUCUCUUGUGAAGAACCAAAGUAGCUUUAUUUUGACAAGACAAGUCAAAACGGGAAUAGAAAGUUGUCAGUAUUGCUUCUAAACCUGGUAUUGUAAACUCGGUUUCGUCUGUGUAAAUGCGAUAACGGACCUUCUAAAAAAGAACAAGAUGUGGAAUGAUGUUAAUGGUGAACAAGCCGAGUGAGUUUCAAUAAUAGAGUAUUUUGGAGAUGAAACUAUUGCACAAAUGACAGUGUCCUUGCUUUAAAGAUUUGACUCAAUGUCAAGACAUACUGUAAUUUCCUAAUUUACAACCUGCAUUGUCUGAUAAUUGGUUUGCUUUUAUUUAACUGUGAAAAUGUUUUUUUUUGUAACACGCUGUCAUAGUGGUACAAUAAAACCCUUGUUUUACUUUUUAUUCAA